AUGUGGCUGGACCAUCCUAACUUUGAGAAGGCCAUUGAGAAGUGGUGGUAUAUUGACAUCAAAGGUAUUGCAAUGUAUAGAAUGGCUAAAUAUUUAAGGUACAUUAAAGUUAAUAUAAAAAAAUGGAAUAAGGAAGUUUUUGGGGAUCUUUUUGCUGCCAAGUCCAAAACCCAGCUUGAGCUUGAGGAAAUGCAGGAUAAAAUCCAAACCAGUGGAUAUAAUGAAGUAUCUAUCAAUGAGGAAAAUGAAGUGCUUGUGAAGUAUCACAAGAUUAUCAAAAGAGAAGAAGAAUUUUGGAAACAACGGUCUAGAUCUCUAUGGCUUAAAGUUGGGGGCAGAAAUACUAGGUUCUUCCAUAUGACUGCUAUGAAACAUAAGGCCACAAAUAAGAUCUCUAAGUUGAGAAUUGGGGGAAUUGAAACCAGGAAGGAUGAUGAGAUUGGGAAUGAAGCCAAGAAUUUUUUCAUAUCUCUUCUCUCAACGGAUUGUGGUUUUGAUGUUUAUUCUCAAAGGGCCCUCUUAGAGACCAUUCAUUUAAUCAUUAAUGAUGUUCAAAACAAGGCUUUGGUGGCCAUCCCCUCUGAGGAUAAAGUUAAGAAAGCGGUUUUCUCUUUUGAUUGCAAUAAAGCCUUGGGCCCGGAUGGAUUUCUGUUGUUCUUCUUUUAA